GUCCGGCCAAGUGGGCGCGUCCCGCCGGGGCCGCCGGGAUCUGGUGUCCGCUGCAGCUGGCAGUGCGGCGGGCGCCGGCACGGGCACAAUCGCCGACGGCGUUGGCUAUUAAUAACGCUCCGGGCGAGCCCCGGGUCGCGCAGCCAUGGCCAGCCCGGAACCCCUGCGCGGCGGGGACGGCGCCCGGGCCGCGAGGGAAACACACACGGAGGCCAGUUUUCCUCUCCAGGACUCAGAAUCCCCGAAGGAGGCCAAGACCUUUAACCCAGAGGCCACUCUGUCUUUGGAGGGGACUGUGAACCUAGAGGACAUUCUCUAUCUGGGGGCAUCGGGGGACUUUGAAGAGAGUCUUUAUGAGGAGGAGGAGCCUGAGAAGCCAGAGCCAACACUGUAUAUCGAUGAAUUGAGGCAGCCGGACGAGGCGCUGGACCCGGAAGAGCCUGUGAGUCCAGAGGAGACGCUGUUUGUGAAGGAAUCCGUGAGACCAGAUGAGGUACAAUUCUCAGAGCAGCCUGUGGAGUCAGCUAAGAGCCCAACUGCUGGUGAGGGAGAAAUGGUGACCAUGGAGGAAAGCCUUCCAGCUCAACCGAUUCCCAGCGCAGAGGAGGACCUCAGCGUGGAGGACCUGGAGUUGCUGGAAGGCCGUUUCCAGCAGUGUGUACAAGCUGUGUCUCAGCUGGAAGAGGAGAGGGACCAGCUCAUCCACGAGCUAGUGCUGCUCAGAGAGCCAGCCCUGCAGGAGGUGCAGCAAGUCCACCAGGACAUUCUGGCUGCCUACAAACUGCACGCACAGGCGGAGCUGGAGAGGGACGGGCUCAGGGAGGAGAUCCGGAUGGUGAAGCAGAAGCUGUUCAAGGUGACCAAGGAGUGCGUGGCUUACCAAUACCAGCUGGAGUGCCGCCAGCAGGACGUGGCUCAGUUUGCCGAUUGCAGGGAAGCGCUGACCACUCGGGCAGCCCAGCUCUCUGGAGAACUGACCCAGCUCCGAGAUGCCUAUCAGAAGCAGAAGGAGCAGUUGCAGCAACAACUCGAAGCACCCCCAACCCAGAGCGAUGGGCACUUUCUCCAGGAGAGCCGACGGCUGUCGACACAGUUUGAAAAUCUCAUGGCAGAAAGCCGCCAGGGCCUGGAGGAGGAGUAUGAACCUCAGCUGCUUCGGCUCCUGGAAAGGAAAGAGGCGGGGACCAAAGCUCUGCAGGACACCCAGGCGGAGAUCCAGGAGAUGAGGGAGGCUCUGAGGCCCUUGGAAGCAGAGGCCCGGCAGCUCCAACUUCAGAACAGGAACCUGGAGGACCAGAUCACGCUCGUGAGGCAAAAACGAGACGAAGAGGUUCAGCAGUACAGGGAGCAGCUGGAGGAGAUGGAGGAGAGACAGAGGCAGUUACGCAGCGGGGUGCAAGUUCAGCAACAGAAGAACAAGGAGAUGGAGCGGCUGAGGACAAGCCUCGCAGAAGAGCUUUCCACAUAUAAGGCUAUGCUACCCAAGAGUCUGGAACAGGCUGAUGCACCUACUUCUCAGGCAGGUGGAGUCGAGGCACAAUCCCCAGGGACUGUUUAGAAAUGUAUGGUCGGAUCUAUAACCCAGAAACAAAACAUUUAUCAAAGGAUCACUAGGGAUGGACUUUUCCCAAACCGAUAAGAGUACCAGCACCUGGCAAGCAAUUCACUCUGUAAAACUACAAACACGGGCUGGCUUGCCUAAAAAGAUUAUAAGUUGGCUGGAAGCAGAAUCCCAGGCAACUAGGAUCUGGAUUCUUUUUUGUAGACUGCUGGUCCUGAUCUCAGUGCACUAUGGAAGGGGAAAGCAAGCCUUUUAUCUUCCAGCAGAACCCUGAGUAAUGGAUGUAUCACCACACCUGAAGUAUCAUGAAGAAUGUUAUGGAUUGCUUUGUGCUGACCCAAAUCAAGAACACCUGAGGGAAAAUGUUGGGGUCAAAAGCAGCCAAUUUUUGCUGUAUGGAUCCACGACAGAUUCUUUUGUGCUACAGGUGUUAGAUUUUUAAAUGACUAGCUCACAAAGGCAUCUUCCUCUUCAAGUCUUCACUCACAUAACUUACUUUUUAAAUAGUCACAUUAAAAAACCACCAUCACCAUAAGACCCCACUUAGAUCUGCCUGCCUCUACCUCUGGAGUGCUGGUAUUAAAGGAAUGAUGACAGGCUUGUUUUUUGAGACCAGGUCUCAAGUAGUCUAGGCUGGUUUCUUCUAUCUUGUUAUUGUAGGUCAGGAUGACCUUGAACUUCUGAUCUUGCUUCUACCUCCCAACUGCUGGGACUACAGGUGUGUACCAUCCAGUACUACCCAAGACACGCCCCACCCCUCCAGACUAUUUCGAUACAUCGCUCUGGUUGUUUUGGAACUCAGGAAGAACUCAAACUCACAGAAACCUACUUGCCUCUGCCUCACAAGAGCUAGGAUUAAAAGUAUGCGCCAUCAUACUCAGCUUGAUAAUUCUUAACUCAUGCUAACGUAACCACAAGUCCUAGGAAUCACUUCAGAUUUGGACCAGACAUUUCAUUUUUGAAACUCCCCCCCGCAAAACAUAAAUGGUUCUGGAGGUGAGACAUAAUCUAGUCAGUCCAAGCAAAAGCAGUUCUUUUUUCUGGUUAUCACCAAGUGGCAAUAAAGGCGCUGACUCUUAAGACUAUAUUUUAAAAGUAGGGCUUCCAAUGAAAAACAUGUCAGAUACAAGCUCUCUGUAAACGGUUCAAGUGUCUUUCAAAUUUAAACUCUGCCUUAAGUUCUCUAUCACACUGCCUUUGAGAUUCUUGGAAAGCUAGGUAGCUCUCUAGAAGACUUCAAGAAUAUGUAAUUUUACCAAGGCUAGUUUGUGUACUCUGUUCAGUAAUGUCUUCAAUUUUCCCCAAAUGGAGUAAAGCUCUCUUUCAUCUAUGGUUAUGGGUCUAUUAUGUUUAUUCUGAUCUUGAUAGUCAAAACCAUGGAAAACAAC